GUAUAUAAACGAGCAAUUGUUAUGAGUGCCGGCUGCACUUCACUUCAAUCCGUAUUAUUGACAACAAUCACUGCAUUGUUUUAGAUAAAAUAUUCAAUGAAUAAUUGUCAUCAGUAAAAGAAAGACAACAAAAAACAAUAAUAAAAAUGGCUGUGCAACCUAAAGUUUACUGGUCCCAGACAAAAAAUGACGUUUUCGUGAAAAUUGAUGUCGAUGAUCCCGAGGGAACUGAAAUUACUCUGGAUGAUGAUGGAAUGAAAUUCUCAGCCUCUAAGAGAUUCAAUGGAAAUGUCGUCCAGUACGAAUUUUCUAUUCAAUUCUACGGUUCGACGAAUAGAGAAGAAAAUAUGUAUGAAUUGAUAAACCAUCAAAUGCAAUUUGUCCUGAAGAAGGAAAUCGAUGACGAUUGGCCGCGUUUAACAGUGAAGAAUGACCCCGAGUUUGUAAUUUUGGAUCCAGUGAAAUUCCAGCACAAGAGGAUAACGAAGAAAUCGAGAGACAAGAGAGAUGUCUCGAUGGGAUUCAACAAGGGCUUCACGUCAGCAAAGGAACAGAUUCACAAGGAAGUCCUGGAGAAGAGAGAUGUCCAUGAGGACUAUCCCCACAUGUAUGACGUACUUCAUAAGGAAGAGCUGGGGUACCGAAGAGAAGAUUACAGAAAGGUGUACCUUGUGUUGUACAAUUUGUGUCAAUUCGUGGGAUUCAUGUACAUUCUCACUGUCAUGAGCAUACGUUACUCGAGAGAAGGUCCUGAUUCAAUGGCAGAGACGUACAGCAGUGUCGGUGGAGCGAUGAGAUUUCUCCAGUUACUACAAUUUCUUGAAGUAAUGCAUCCAAUGUUUGGAUACACCAAGGGCAAUCCUCUCAUAGCAUUUGUCCAGGUUGGAGGUCGUGCUUUCAUCCUCUUCCUGAUGAUCGAGGCUGAGUCACGAAUGCAGACCAAACCAGUUGUAUUCUACCUAUUUUUCGUGUGGAGUUUGGUCGAGGUUUUUCGAUAUCCUUAUUACAUCACACAAGUCCUGAACGUGGAAAGUGGAUUGCUCACUUGGUUCCGGUACACCAUAUGGAUACCCUUGUACCCUUUAGGAUUUGUCUGUGAGGGAAUUAUUGUCCUCAGGAAUAUUCCAUACUUCGAGGAGACUGGGAGGUUUACUGUUUCAUUGCCAAACGCGUGGAAUUUUGCUUUUCAUUUUCCUACUUUGUUGAGGAUUUAUUUAUUGGUACUCUGUGGUCCCAGUAUUUACACCAUGAUGUCUCACAUGCACCAAACGAGAAUUAAGAAACUCGGGGGAGCCAGAGGGCGGCAAUUAUUGAGUGGUAAAUUCGAUUAAAUUACAAUUCCUCUACAUUUCACUACACGGUCAUAAAACGAGCCGUAAAAUUUACAAUUUUUAUUAAUUCCCCAUUUACCUCCAUACCUGAACAAUCGACAUAAAAAUAUUUAAGGACUUUUUUGUAGUGAAGUACAUAUCUGACAGAAACAUCUUGAUUGUUCAAAAUUUUUAA